AUGGAGAAGGCCGCCGCCUCCCCGACUUCAACUGUGGCAAGCAGCACGUCACCGAAGAAGAAAAAGAAGAAAUCUCCCAACGCUGAGACGUACACCUCGUACAUUUUCAAGGUGCUGAAACAGGUGCGGCCAAACGUAAAGAUAACUAAGCGGGCGAUGAGCAUCAUGAACUCCUUCGUGGCGGACACUUUCGAACGUAUAGCUAGUCAGGCAGCGACAUUGUGCAACAGCUCCAAGAAGGAGACACUCAGCUCGCACGAAGUCCACACAGCAGUUCGUUUGGUGCUACCGGGGGACUUGGCCAAGUACGCCGUCAUGGAGGGCGCCAGCGCCGUGCGCACGUAUACAGAAGGCCAGGCCGCUAAACGACCCAAGAAACCCACUACGACUUCCAGCACGGCUUCCUAG